CGGUAACCCAGGUGUGUGUAUGUCUCUGUAAAUAUUUGUAGAGGUUCCGUACCCAUUUCAGUGGAGAUUCAAAUAAGCGAGUAACCUACGAUGCUUAUAACUAUAUGACAAUUCCAUCACAGACUGAGGCAUCCGGCUUCCAGCUCUACCUGAACAAGUACCCGAGAUUCCUGGGGGUCGAGGGCCGUGCUGGAGACGAUUUCUUCCUCCUUUUACUGCAAGACGAAGCGCAGAUCCUUCCGUGUUCCAGCCACGGGUUUGCCAUCGCAACAUACGUCCUGGUCGCAGCACUCGUUUUGGUGAUUCUUGGAACUGGGAUCAUAGCUUGCCGUCUGGUGAUUUCUAAAAAAAACGAUCGCAAAUGGAAACCUCGAGACACAGAGAAUGCCGCAGAGGAACGAAAACUUUUGAGUUCAGACAAUUCUGUCUCACAAGAGAUUUCUAAAAAAAACGAUCGCAAAUGGAAACCUCGAGACACAGAGAAUGCCGCAGAGGAACGAAAACUUUUGAGUUCAGACAAUUCUGUCUCACAAGAGCAUGAGUCGGAAAGAGAUUCAAGGCAAGAUAUAAAAAACAGCCGGGAAGAUUUCGAGUUGACCCAGAGAGGAGACUGUUUCCAGACUUUGGUUAAUAACACUGUUAACAAGAAUGUGCACAUAACAGAAGCCCUGAAGACCUAUAAGGAAUACUUAGACGAAGUAUUCGCUUUGGCAAGAGAAGGUAAAUACCAAAAUGGAGUCAACAUUUGCCUGCGUCGGCCUGAACUCAUGGGAACCGUGAGGGACGAGGAAGGGAAGUCCAUUCUUCAUUAUAUCGCCUCCUGUAAAGCCGGGAAUAAGGCACCAGUGUGGACGAUUUCUGAUUUACAUGAAUUCAUGAAAGACCAUAACUGUCUUCCAAACGCGGUUGAUUAUAAAGGACGUACUUGCCUUCAUGUUUUGGCCGACGCUGCCGAAACUUCGAACGAUGAAGUCUCUUGGAACGGCGAGGCCACCACCCCGAAGGAGGCGUGGCUGAGACUGGCCCGGACUCUCAUGGACCUAGGCUGCGAUCCCCGGCGAACAGAUGGCGCUGCUCACAGGCCUGGAGGCAUUGCCAGGAUGAAGGAGAAACUGGAAUUAGCUAACUGUCUUGAAGAGAGAUGCAGAGAGGCGAUGCCACAAAGCCAGGUAGGUGAUACGCAAGCCAGCAUCCUAGAGGCAGUUCGCAAAGGUGACUUCCGUCUACUGGAAAAAAAGUUGUUCCUGUGCCAAUCGUUACUGCCCUUAGACGCCCAAGUUGACCCUCUGGCGGAGGCGGUGAAGUCCGGCAGGUUGAGAACCGUGAUGCUGCUCCUGAGUGCCGGUGCGCCGCUUUGCGGUCUGCCGCUCGUGUCUAUCACGCCCCUGAAAGCCGCGCACAUGAAUCCAUGUCUCCCCGUCCUCUUCCCCGUUCUCAUGAGGAAGAUGGUUGCUGGUGAUCCGAUGGUCGCUAGGGUCGUCUCGUGCUAG